AUGGAUGUCUCUACAGCAGAUCAUAAACAUCCAAUACCUUGUACUAUUACUACUAGUAAUAGUAGUGAUGGUAGCACUAACACCACCACCACCACCAACACCAACAACAACAACAACAACGCUACUUGUAUUAAUAGGAAAUGCAAAGGUAAAGGAGGUCCAGAUAAUAACAAGUUUAGAUAUAGAGGAGUUAGACAACGGAGUUGGGGUAAAUGGGUUGCAGAGAUUCGUGAACCUCGUAAACGUACUCGUAAAUGGCUUGGUACUUUUGCAACAGCUGAAGAUGCUGCUCGUGCUUAUGAUCGUGCUGCUAUAAUCUUUUAUGGGUCUAGAGCACAAUUAAACCUUCAACCUUCUCCAUCAGCUGGAAAUUCAUCUACCUCAAAUGGUGGUUCAUCGUCUACGUCGUCGUCUUCGUCUUCUUCAACUACAACUUUAAGACCUAUUCUUCCUCGACCUGCUGGUUUUGGACUAACGCCUUCAUCUUACGUUCCGUAUGCUCUUUACACCAAUUAUAGCUCAACGCUUCAUCAUUAUCCUCAUCAACUUGUGCAACAACAACAUCGUCAAGAUCAACAAAACCAUUAUCAUCAACAGCAUAAUGCUCAUCAUCAGUUACGUCCUUUAGAUAUUGAUAUUCCUACUAGUACUAGUACUACUACUACAAGUACAACAGGUUCCGAUGUAAACCCUAAUAGUAACAAUCAAAUGGGUGAUGAAGAGAACACUAAGAACAACAAGAUGAUUACUUCUCUUGUGGGCUCAGUUGAUGCUAACUUAUCUCUUUCUCGUCAUCACCAACACCAACACCAACACCAUCAUCAUCAUCAUCAUCACCAACAGCAACAACAUCAGCAGCAUGACCAAGAUGCAGUGGUGCCACCGCCAUUUUCACCACCAGCAUUCUGGUCUUACACACAUAUUGAUGAAGAACAUCAAGAUGAUGAUUAUCCAGCAACAACGACUUCUAGUUUUUGGGGUGAUUCAGAUUCAUUCUUCUUUGAUAUCUAG